UAUUUGUCGGCACAGGGCUCUGCUGUGCAUUUACUUCCAUCGAAUCUCAUUCAUAUCAUAAAUAUUUUUUCAACUAAAAUAUAAAUGAAUAAAUGAAACAACUUCAAUAAUAUGUUCAAAAUAAAAAAUAUUUAUGAAGAAAGUGUAAACAGAAAAUAUACAAUUGAUUUGUUUAAAUUUAAAGAAAAAUAUAUUAACUGGAAUUUUGCAACUUUAUACAUGAUGACCAUGUAGUUUAGAAAAAUCAAUGCAGUUGUCAUCAUCACUUUUUGACUACUAAUGGCAAUGUUAUUGUAUGCUUAAUACUUCAGUCAGUCUGGAGGAGUAUCUUCAAGUAUUAACAAUUUUUAAGUUUUGUCAUGAAUUUUGGUAUAACACAAAUUGCUACUACCACUACUUAUACUAAUACCAAUAAUACUGUAACUACAACGGCGACAUUAGCAUCUGUUAGCACAGCAACUGUCUCCGAUAGCAUUAGCAAAGAUACCGCAACUUUUGCACCGACAAGAACAGAAACUCAAAUAUCUAGUAACGUCUCCGACAAUAUCGGCAAACAAGACUCUACUAGUAAUUCAAUAAAUCCUUCGAAAUCAUUUACAACUCCGCAAAACUGCUUAGAAAUCUUAACGUCAAUACAAAAUAAAACAGUUCCUAGCGAUUGUGCAUCUACUACUAAUUCUUUUUCCACGGCUUCUUCCAAUAACUCAUCGCUAAUCUUGCCGACCUCUUCGUCUUCAUCAUUAUUAACAUCUUCGAGUGCAACAAGAUCACCUUUGGAAGCAUUAGGUGGUAUACAGUCGAUAAAUAACGAAAACUCUUCAGUUCACAUGGAUGGAAAUGAAGAAAUAAAUAUUUGUUUUUAUUUCGAAAGGAAACUUCUCUUGCCAGAGGAUUUGACAAAACAAAUCAAUUCGACGCUUUCAGACAAUUCGACUAAUAUUGAAAAUACAAUAAAAUCUACAUUUUCCUCAAUUUCUAAUAGUAUAACUGGUACUGUUACCACAUUGAAAAAUGAUAAUUUGACAACUCAACCUGAUUUGAGUCAAUCUAGAGAAUCUUUAAAAUUACAAACAGAGCGAAAUAUUUGCAGUAAUAUUGAGGAAAGUAUUGAAUUAGAUGACAAAUUAAAUGAUUUAAGCCUCAGCGAAAGUAAGAUAUCAAUUAAUUCAGCUAACAUAUUACGUUGUGAUGAGGACUCAUUAAGCAAAUCUAGUGAAAACUCUGGAGAUUUAUUGAGAAACCUCUAUUCGUCUGAUUGUAUUGAUAAAAUAAAAAACGUUACACGUUUGUCAGAACGUGCUAAAAAGAAAUCGUGGUAUAACGUGUUGUAUCCUAAUUAUAAAUCACGUUCACAGGAUUUUAAGAAAUUAUUUAAGGAAGUGCCAAAUGAUGAACGCUUGAUUGUUGAUUAUUCCUGUGCACUUUAUAGAGAUUUACUUAUACAGGGACGCUUGUAUAUAUCACAAAACUACGUUUGUUUUCAUGCCAACAUUUUGGGUUGGGAAACCUGCUUAAUUAUCAAGUGGAAGGACGUAACAUCGAUAACCAAAGAAAAAACGGCGCUUGUUAUACCAAACGCCAUAUCAAUUUGUACACCAAAAGAAAAAUACUUUUUUUCGUCAUUCACUACGCGCGAUAAAACGUUUUUAAUACUCUUUCGAGUAUGGCAAAAUACGUUAAUGAAUAAACCCAUGCCAGCACAGGAGAUAUGGCAAUUAGUACACAAUUAUUAUGGUGAUGAAUUAGGUCUUACGACAGAUGACGAAGAUUAUAUAGAUCCAACUGUUGAGGAUCGAGACGACGGCACUUCAAACAUAGACUUUGUAUCUGCCAUAGAUGAUUCCAAUUCAUUGAGUGUUUACCAAGAGGCUAUAGAAAGGUCCAAUUCAAAUAUUUACCAAGCAAUUGAUAGUAGUAGCGGAAACAGUGCUUCUAAUAAUAAUAGCGGAAAUAAUAGUGCCAGUAGUGGUGAUUGUAUAAACUCUAAAAUAAUGAAGUCAAAUGCUAAAGAAUUAACAUUGAUCUCAGCAAAACCAGAAGAUGGUUUCGCAUCAAAUUCUCAAACACAGCAAACAUCUGCCACAAGUGGCGGCAGCGGUAGUGGGAGCGCAGUUACCGGUAGUCAUAGUGCAAAUGUUUCAAAAGAAUCAAAGCAUAAUACUUCAACUUUCGAUUCAAAACGUAAAGUGUCAAAAAACAAUCGACAACGAGAAGAAAACACAAAUAAAAACUCAGAAACUCUACCAACCGAUAUAUCGGAUUCCAGCGAUUCAGAAGAGAAUAAUAUUCCAUUCGUAGCUACAGCUGAAUGCAAUUCCCCUCACGAAGGUCGCCAGUUGGUUCAUACAAUACUGCCGAUCAAUAUAGAAACGUUGUUUAAUUUAUUGUUUUCUAAGUCAAAAUUUUUGCUAGAUUUUCAUGCAAUGCGAAAAUCAACGGAUUUGGUUUUUGGCGAAUGGAUAACAAAUGAAGAUGGCCAAAAAACACGAACUUUUAAUGUGACUGUACAGUUGGCCGCUUCGGUUGGUCCAAAGACAUCCAAGGUUACGGAAUUUCAAGUGAUGCGAGAUUGCAGUAAACCUGGUGAACUUUAUUCCAUUGAUAUAAAUAACGUCAAUGCUGGCAUUCCAUAUGCAGAUAGUUUUAGCGUUUUAGUACAUUACUGUCUGGUUAAGACUGUAGAUGAUCAUACAAUGCUUUCGGUUCAUGCCCAAAUCAAAUAUAAGAAAUCUAUUUGGGGUGUUGUAAAAGGUUUCAUAGAGAAAAAUACUUGGGCUGGUCUCGAUGAUUUCUACACAUCGCUAUUGCAUUCAUUACAAAGCGAAACAUGCAUCCCACCGGCCAAGGGCAAAGGAAGACGUCCACGCAGGGGCACUGCCGCUCAAAUACGUCCACUGGAAGAGAUGCCUAUAUUGCCAAUAAAACCUGAGCCAGCGGACCACAGUGGUAUUGCACAAACUAUUUCUACUCGCCAUCCAAUUGACAGUCCUGUUGUAGCAGUUGAAGCAACUACAAAAUUCAGGUGGCUGUCACUGUUUGUUCUUGUUCUCUUAUGUUUCCUCAUAAUUGUUAAUGUCAUAUUAUUGCUUAAAUUAUGGAAAUUAGAGGAGCGCAUUGAUGAAGACAUGUCCACUAGAGCACGUAUGCCAAAUUUAUCGGCUCUAAAGCAAUUACCUAACAAUCAUGAAGAUUGGAUUGAAUUGUUGCGUCAACAGGAAAUUUUACACGAAACCGAAUUGAAAAAAUGGCACACAGUAUUGCAGACCGCAAUUGAAUUGUUAAAAAAGGUGAGCGUUGUUUGUCAAAAUAUGUUUCACAAUGAUGAUAAACUAACUCAACAAAUCGAUCAAAUCAGUGAUGAACUUUAAUUCGCAGAUUAUGAAUGAAAAAUUCAAAAUAAUUUCUAUAGAAAACCAUUUAAACUACAUACAACAAUUGCAAUACAAUCAAUCAAAAGACGUAAAAUCUGUCUUUUUACAGAUUCGAAAUUUUUAAUAUAUUUUAAUCUGCAUUUGAAAUUGAAUUUGCAAAUACAUUUAUAUUAAUUAUACGAAAGUCACACUAUCGCCCAGACAAAUUAUUAAUAUUUCUGUUUUUAUUAUAAUUUUAUCUUCAGUUCUCUGGCAGCACUUAAGAAGUAAUUUUAAACUAUUAUACAUUUAGAGCGCAUUAUAAAAAUUCGUUUAUAACUUUAGCUUCAUAUAGUGUAGCAACAGUUUCAAAUUUAAAAUAAUAUUAUUGUAAUUUCAAGAAAGAUUUUUAAUCGUUUAAAUGUAUUUUAUAACGCGUGUCUAUGAAAUUUAGGACCAUACAUUUUUAAGGUAGUUGGUAAGUGUGCCAAUCAUUUUGUUCAGGAAAAUUGGGUAUUUUUUUGAAUCUCCAUUGUUUAAUAACAAAUAUGAUAAACAUUUUGAAAUGCAACAAAGUGAAUUUUGUGGAGAACCUAUCUCUCUAUCUAGUAAAAAUGUCUCUUUAUUAAAAAUCUAUGUCAUAAUGUCAUUAAAUAUAUUGUGAAGAUUAAUGAGCUUACUCUGCUAAUAAUUUAGUUUGUCAGUGUAUGUACAUAUAUUAAAAAUAUCUUCCAAAAACACAUACAAAACAAAUAGCUGGAACCAAUGAAACAUUUGGAAUGCUUUUGGAAUAAUCAAAUUUGCGUUGGUUCGAUUUUUCGAAAAAUUGGCAUAGAAACCCUUGAUCGCCAAUGAUACGCUAAUAUAAUGUGAAAUUUUAAUAUUAAUGUUUAAUUACAAGCUUUUAUUUUCUAUUUUAAUUUCAAUUAUUUUAUUUUCCAUCAAAUUACUUGCGUUUAAUCAGGUGUUCAAGUCGUUCGAUUUAGGUAAACCAUACAUGAUUUUAAUAUUUGCGUCUCAUUGGAGAUCAUGUUUCGAAUCAUAGAACCAAUGCAAAUUAGAAGAUUCGAAGACAUUGUUUUAUUGGUUAAAGCUAUUUGUUUUACAGAUUUUAAAUGCAAAAAUAUUGAGAUAUUUUCCAGGAAAUAAAUUUAAUGAUUAUAUUUGUAAACAUUUUUAUUCAUGGUUUUUGCAUAAGUUGUUCCACAUGUUGUCAUUUCUGGCCCAAUUUUAACCCACAUUAAAUUAGGAAACCAAAUAAUCGAAAAGUUAAAAACAACUUUUGAAGAUUUAUUUGAUCUCAACUGCUUAUGUUUAACUUAUAAACUGGCUUUUGAUUUUAUAUAAAUUGUUUUUUUUUUUAAGUUGAUCUUAACAAUAUAUGAUACUUUUGAAUUAAUUUUUUGUAUUAAGUUAUUUUGUUUUAUUGAUUGAAAAUAUGAUAUUAAUUUGUCUAAAUGAAAGAUAAAAGUUCUUGACUUGAAUAAAUUUGAUCGUACAAAAGUCCAUUGCUGAUUUGAUGUGAUUGCAUAUUGUAUUUGUUUUUGCAAUUUUCUAAAACAAAAGUGAGAAUCACACAAAUAUAGAAAAUAAAUAAUAAAAAAAAUUUGUAAGUGUGUUGUGACGACAGACAAA